CACACACACACACACACACACACACACACACACACACACACACACACACACACACACACACACACACACACACACACACACACACACACACACACACACACACACACACACACACACACAAACACACACACACACACACACACACACACACACACACACACACACACACACACACACAGACUCCAGUUAACUGUUGUUACCAUUUGAGAAGAAAAAGCUAAAUUAGACAGAAAUACCCACAGACAGACAGGCAGACCAUGAAACCCAGGAAGGAGACCAGCUUGAUCAGAGACCACCUGUCCCUGUCUUGUUCUGUUUCCAGUGUUACCAGAUUUUAUCUCAUCACUUUUCUGGCUUUGUGAUUCCAUCUUUUGAUCCUGCCUGAGUGUCUGGUCUCUGAUGGUUGUGCUGCUUCUCCAACAAGUCGCAGCAUUCAGGAUGGCACUCGCGACCAGACUGGUAGAAGAUCAGUCAGCAGAUUGAUGCCUGGAAGCAUGCACAGGUCAACAUCAAUGUUUGAAACCAGCAGCAGCUCAUUUUUCGUCUCUUACAUCUGAUGAUCCUCCAGUCCGGUGAAUCAGAUCAGAUUUAUUGAUUUACAGUCUGUUGUCCAAGUGCACACUGAGGUAUUUAUAGCUGUUGUAAUGUAUCAGUGGUUAAAUUUUCACCAACAAAUUGACCAGAAAUUAACUUUCAUUUGCAGACACAAAAACACCAUCUGUCUGGCCCACAACAAAGAACUCUGCUCCAGUCCUGAGAAAUAACAUUCUCAGUCAAGGCCUCUUGCAGCCGAAAUCACUGCAUCCUCACGCCGAAUGAAGUGCACCCACCUCAAAGUUCCUAAGUGACUUUACAAAUUAUAGGUUGAAAUAAUCAAAUGUGUUGAUUUAACAAGUUAAUAUGUAUACUCAUACAUAUUAUAAUACGGUUAUUAUUAAUGUUUAACAUCCAUUUCACAUAAGUGUUUAAACGCUCUCCUUCACACAAAGAGUUAACCAUCUUUGUAUCUGAAGGAAGGAGUGACUUCUGAGGUAUUUUUGGUAAUGCCCUCAAACUUGUCAAAUUCAACUUUGCCAAAUUAAUCAACAACGUGAUAUGAUAAAACUGGAAUUACUUCCUGAAUAAUUCAGUUUCUAGCUGACUUCCGAUUUGGCCAAAUCAGUGGAAAAAGCAUUUUGAAACCAUCAAGUCAAAGCCUCUCUGCAACGCUGCGAGGGAUUACAGACACAACGGCUCUUUGAAGAGCCACUCAACACCUCAGAUAGACAUCUAACCUGCAGGUCCUGGCUGCAUCUCAUGGCCGGUGAAAGCUGAAUUCAAGGGGAGCUACGACGCUACGACUCUUUGGGUUCUUGUGGUCUCGUGUUCCGAUGACACCAUUCGGGCUGCCCUUCCUCCGGGCAGCCGGGAGCAACACAUACAAAGGCGCAACAUUAUGGGAUGCGGAGAUGGUUCCCAGGUCAAAACAUGACGAGGUUUGUUCUUCUGUCCAACCUUGUCAGCCAAUAAUCAGCCAUAAGAGGAGGCCAGCUGCACCCAUGCAGAAGUGUGUAUUUGGACCCAUCAGUCGCUCUCAGCUCUGCAUUGACCAAUGGUCCAUCUUUCCUCUUCAGAUGAUAAAAGAAGUCUGUCCCUCUUUUCUGUCUUCACAAUGUUCUACUAAAUUCAGCCUGCUGACUGGCAUCAGACACAAAAGGCCAGGGAGAGGAAAAGUUUCAUGCAGAGGAACGUUAGUGCUGAGGACAGCUGAGGAAACAUCCGACAACAGACAGUGUGUUGGUGUGUCUUUACACAAAACAAAGGAAGAAGACAAGGAAGAGUCAGAUGUAGAUGAGGAAAAGGAAGAGGAAAAUAAAGACAAGCGUCCUGUUGCCUCCACACCUAUCCCAGGAUCACCAUGGUGUGUUGUUUGGACUGGAGACGACCGCGUGUUCUUCUUCAAUCCCACAAUUCAUCUUUCUGUGUGGGAGAGACCAGAAGAGCUGAUUAAUUAUGACAUCAGCGACAUCAUCAAGAACCCACCUCACAAGAGGAAGAGGACAACAUCAUCUGAAAGCAGCUCCAUCUGUCAGUUGCAUGGUCUCCAUGGUGAUGAUGAUGAUGAGGAGGAAGAACACAGCUCUAAGAAAAAGAGAAUUGACGAGUCUUUGUCUCUUGUCCCUCAUGGAGGAGAAGUUAAGAUCCUUCCAGUGGAGCUCCGGAUCACUCAUUUUAGAGACAUGAUGUUGGAGAGAGGGGUGUCUGCGUUCUCCACCUGGGAGAAGGAGCUCCAUAAGAUGGUGUUUGACCCUCGAUACCUGCUGCUGACCUCAGAUCAGAGAAAACAGGUGUUUGAUCAAUUUGUGAAGAGCAGACUGAAAGAUGAGUACAGAGAGAAGAAGAGUAAAAAGCAAAAAGCUCAAGAAGAAUUUAAACUGCUGCUUGAGGAGGCAAAGAUCACCAGCAGAUCAACCUUUAAAGAGUUUUGUGGUCGUUACCGUGGCGACCAGCGGUUCCACACAGUCAACAGGAAGAAGGAACAGAAGGUUCUUUUUAACCAGUUCAUCAAAUCCUUAAAAAAACGAGACAAGGAUAUCAAAGAUGGACAGAAGAAGAUGAGAUAAAAACACAAACAAGAUGGAGUUUAGAGAACCAUCUAGAAUCUGGCCAGAAUCCCAUACCUUUCUGGGUUCUUCACAGAUUUUGUUGCAGAAACUUGACUGGACUGGGAUCAGAUUUGGAACAGCUGUUUGGACUUCACAUUUGUUUUUGUAGAUAUUUUAAGCACAAUAAACAGCACCAUCGGGUUCACGUCUGAGAAGAAAUGCAUUUAUCUUGACUUGGACCAAGUCGAGCUGGUUCAACUGGACAACAACAUUGCUUCCAGAAACAAAUGAGAUGAUGUUAGAGAUCAGAAUGUGGAUGUUUUAUCAAAAGCGUUUAAUACAGAUGCAUCAAGGACUGUAAAACAUACUUAGUGUUUAAGUCGUCUUGUGACUAAUGAGGUCAAAGGUCAGUAAAAUGAGUGGGGGCAGAGAGAGCACCAGUAAGGUAGAAAAAAACACUGUUUCCACCCAAAAAUUGUAAAUAAUUAAAUAAUUCUGUCCUUUUCACCUAAUGUUAUCACACAGCUGAGAUUCUGAGCCAUUCAUGUGGUCAUGUUUAUCUGAAGUGAUUCAGUGGAAGACUACCUGUCCUCAUCCUUCACCAUGAUGUAGAACAUCUAAUCUGAAAGGCUUCAGUAUCUCUUAAGUGUUUGAGGAGGUCAAAUAAGAUCCCGAGUGUGAUGGCUGCACCAAAAAACACUACUUUUUAUAUUUCCACAACAGCUAAAAGAGGUGUAGUUCUUCAAAGCCACAGAGUCAGCAAUAAGAACAAUAACUCAGUAGAGAUGGGGCAGUGAUGCUGAGCUACUGAGGAUGGAGGGGAUAGAUGUCCUCUCCAGCACAAAACUCCUCUUUCCAACUUCACCCCCAGGAAGGGGGAGGACUUAUGCUCCUCUGCGAGGACCACAACCUCACCACAGUGGAAUCAGUUAAUUCUGAACCCAUCUCUGGUUCUCUAGGUCAAAGAGCCAUCUAUCUCCUAUAGGUAUUGGGUUUUCAGAAGCUCUCCACAGAACUCCUAAACGAAGAUGUUUGUGAUGUGCUGGUCAUCAGACAGCAUCAUAAUACAAAUAAAACGAGCUGGGGGAUAAAAAUCUGCAUCUAAAUGUUGUUCUGAGUGGACCCUGUAAACAGAGAGAAGACCCAUAGACUUUGGUGUUGUAAUCUGACCAGAAGACUGAAUUAAACUCUAAAUCCUGCCUGACCCAACACACGCGUCUAUCAGGAGCUUGAUGUGGAAAUGCAACGUUUCACAGAUGUGUACAAAUUAAAUAAGUAAUUAAGAAAAAUUAAUUGCCUCAAGGAAGGCAACAAAAUGUAGUCUCUAUUCAAUUUAACUUUAUUUUACAACCUUCUCAGUGGCCUAGUGGAAUGAGUGUCAGCCCUGAGACUGGCAGAUCAAGGUUUAAGUCCUGGUUGGGUCAUACCAAAGACUUUAUAUUUAGAACUUUUUGGUUCUUAUGAAGCACCUUCGUGAUUUUUACCUUGAGAGGUGCUACAUAAAAGAUCAUUUUCUUUCUUUCAUUUUGAAAAUGGGAACCAAUGCCUCCCUGCUUAACACUCAGCUUUAAGGGGUUGGAUUGGGGGAUUAAAACACCAAAUCGUUCUUGAGCACAGCCACAGCUGCAGCUCACCAUGGGGAUGGGUCAAAUGCAGUGUGUGAUGAUGGCUAAUGGGAGUUAACUUGUCAUUUAAAAAAUCAGAAGACAAACUGUUACUGAUGUUACUUCUGCCUCACCUUGGUGACCCAUGUUUGUCUUUUUGUCUAUGUAUUGGACAGAUUUGUGUUGUUUGUUCUGGUUGGACCUCCUCCCUUCUGUGCUAAAAGGAUCCUAUUUCUGA